AUGAAGGCUCAGGGUGUUGGUGGAUUGGGUGGUCCGGGGGGAAUAUUCAAGAUUGGGCAGUCUUUGAGCAAAACUGUUAAAUCUAAUGUUCUAUUCAAGAAUGUGGCUGGAUUGAAUGAAGAAAAAGUUGAGUUGCUUGAAAUAGUAGACUACCUUAAAGCGCCCAAUAAGUACAAGGCUAUGGGGGCUAGAGUGCCUCGGGGCGUUAUUCUUUAUGGACCUCCGGGUACUGGUAAGACGCUAUUGGCCAAGGCGGUUUCUGGGGAGGCAGAUGUUCCGUUCAUUGAAGUAUCGGGUGCAACUUUUGAUGAUAUGUAUGUGGGAUCUGGUGCCAAGAGGGUUAGGGAUUUGUUUGCUAAGGCCAAGAAGUUGGCUCCAUGUAUUGUGUUUAUAGACGAGAUAGAUGCUGUGGCUGGCAAGAGAGGGAAUAAAUUCAUAGGUGGAGGAGGUGGUGUUUAUGACCAGACUAUUAAUCAGAUGUUGUCGGAGAUGGAUGGGUUUAAUACUUCGGAUGGGAUUGUGGUUAUGGCGGCAACCAAUCGAUUGGAUUCCAUAGAUGAUGCAAUACUAAGGCCCGGUAGAUUCGACCGACAUAUUCAGGUUGGGUUGCCGAAUAUCAAGGAUAGAGUGGAAAUACUUAAGGUUCAUUCCAAGAAUAAAAACAUUUCUAGUUCUGUGGAUAUGGAGGAUAUUGCAAGGAAAACACCUGGUUUCUCUGGAGCUCAGUUGGAGAAUGUUCUGAAUGAGGCAACAUUGUUGGCCGUUAGAAAUUCCAAGCGGUCUGUUGUUACAUCAGAUAUUGAGGAGGCCAUUGAUAGGGUUAUGGCGGGUCCUUCCAAGAAAAGUCAUCGAAUGUCAGAUGGGGAAAGGAGACAGGUGGCUUACCAUGAGGCCGGGCAUGCCAUUGCUGGGCUUUACAGUAAGGAGGGCGAAGUUGUUGAGAAAAUUACUAUUAUCCCAAGGGGACAGGCAGCAGGGUACAUGUUGUCGGCUCCAGAGAAGCAAGAGACCUUCAUCAAGAGAAAAGAUGAACUUCUUUCCAUUGUUGUUACAACUCUUGGAGGAAGGGCUUCCGAGGAGAUAUUCUAUGGAUUGCCUAGGGUAAGUACGGGCGCUGCAAAUGAUCUGUUUAAGGUAACUAGACUAGUGACUGACAUGAUUACUAAAUUUGGUAUGUCAGAUAAAUUGGGCUUAUAUCAGUAUGUGCCUUCGGAAGGGACUAUUAAUCCAUACAAGAAUCAAUACUCGGAGGAUGUUUCUAGGACAAUAGACGAGGAGGUGAGCAGGAUUAUUUCUGAACAAUAUUUGAAAGCUAAACAGAUGAUCAUAGAGCACGCACAGGAGUUGAAGUUGAUAGUUGAGUGUCUAUUGUUACUCGAGACAAUAGAUAGAAAUCAGAUUAAUCACAUUCACUCCACCAUGACUCUUCCUCCUGAAGCUAUCAAGAUGAAAGACAAGUUGCGAUCAGAAGGCAAGACAAUUGAUUUGUCCCCUGAUAGUGAUGUAUUGAUCUAUUAG